AUGAUAAAUGAAAUUGGCACUUCUGAAAAUCUAAUUAAGUAGGAUCAAAUAGAGAUCUAAUUGAGAUAGGUUAAAUUGAAUUUGCUAGAUGAACAGAAUAUUCAAAUAUAAUUAGCGAUUGUAUCUAACCAAAAUGAAAUGAAAUAAGUAACAACAAUUGAAAAUAUUGAAGACAGAUAGAUCUAUAAACUAAAUUAUGAUGCACAAGAUUAAAUUCUAUAGAUCUUAUUGCUUAAUGAUGGUAAAUAAUUAGGUUUUUCGAAUCAGUUAUUAGAAACUUUAUUUACUAAACAAAUUAAUGAAAUUAAGAUAAUACAUGAACAAAUUGUCGUUGGGGUUUUGAGUAUUUAAAUCAUUAAAAGCCAGAAUGAAACCUAAAUUGAUUCUGAAAGACUAAAAGAAUAUUUGAAAUAAACGGGAUUAGAAAAGAUUUUCAUGGUGAUUUUCGCAGAAAUACUCUAAUAAAAAAUUGGGAUAAAUGAUGUAUACAAAUUUGCUGCUCGAAGACUGAGGGAAAUUGGGUAAAAAAUCUUAAACGAAUAAAAAUAAUGA